CGAUAGCACAACAUAUGCGACAUGUCGUUUUGCGCACUUCAUUCAUUCGAAAGAUGUUCUGUCACCUUUCAGUUGACGCAAUACUUAUUGUAUCUCUGUCCCACACCACACACUUCAUAUCAUCCGGGCUUAAGUCGGCCCUGCUACCACUUGCGGCGGCGCUGGAGGAGGCGUCAGGUCAGGUCACACAGAGCCAACUGCAGGUGGGAUCGGAUAUCGAUCGUCUGGAAAUAGAGAUUGAGAAGUUUAUGAAGAACUACACUCUACCGUCUGACUGUGAGCAACAGUUGAAAAAGUUAGAGUCCUUCAAACAGAGACUCAACACGGUCGUACACAGGAUGAGUGGAGUCCAGAAUCGGAUCGACAAUAUGACACGCUCCAUCGACAAAACCACCCAAAGGCGCAAGUGGCAGUUGGGUGGGUUCUCCAUGUGACGUCCUGGGGAACAGCCUAACGCGAUGGAGACACGUCCUAUCAGUUGUCAACAGCGGUUAUAAGUAUAGCCCAGGGUACGAAACGGGGACGCUUAUUAAGUGCUUCCCACCAAUGGAAUAGAUGCCAACCGAGCGUGUCGCAUGUUUGCAGAGACUAGUUUGAACCCCCCUCGUACACCGUCACCCGCCCUGACAUGCCGACAGAGUCACUCACGGCCCAAGCACUGAGAAGUGACAAUGGCAUCCUGGAGUAUUGUGGACUGUCUGAGCACUAAUAAGGGUCAGUGAUCUACUUCGAAUGGUCUGGUCUGGUCUACCCCUUAUUGUGUGGCUAUGAGUUCGCAGCGGCUGGCAGGUCAGUUGAUAGACAAGUGCGAGCGUAUCAAAGACGUACGUAGACGUAGCGCAGUUGGUCGCAUUGUAAGGGUGGAGGCACACAACGAUUCGCUCUCUCACACACACAACGAACAUCACACACACACACAUUUAGUGAUAGUUAGAACGACGACGCACGCACUCUGACUAAGGGGGACUCUAUCCGUCAGUGGCAAGGAAGGUAGAGCGCGUAUAUUGUAGACAGUUGAUUGUUCACACUAUCUGAUGCAUGUUGGAGGCUUUCGGUUGUCUGCUAUCUGUGUGUGUAGCAGCGGUGUUAUGAGGAGGUGCCACAGACUGGCCGUCUGUUGGCCGCAUCAGUUCGCUAUCAAUGCAGCGCUACUUUAGCGCUUGCACGACAGCACAUGCACCGAAACGGCUGUCAUACCUACCAGCCACACGAGUAUGACUGCCUUAAUGGGGCGUAAUGUGUCUACCGAGUCUGGGGACACCUGUGGGAUAGGGUGUGUAGCAUAAGCCAUCAUGCAUAUGCAUAUGUGUAUCGUAUCAAUCUACAAUCGUGCGCAGACGUUUUCUGUUUAUGUUUGAGCGUCGGUGCAGUGGCUGUCUGUCAAACUCCAGGGGGGGAGUAGUGUAGCUGCGGCCUCAGGAAUACGAAGACAGGAUUCGAUGAUGUCUAAUUUUGACGUCUGAUGUCACUGAGCUAAAGCACGUGGAUAUAAUUGAUAUGGUCGGACGGAUAGAAGCUGGAAGCCCUUCAGUGGGAAACGGGUGAACUCAUCUCUUCAUUACAACUUCCUACAGGGAAUGUCCGCGGUGUUCAUUGAAUGGGGAGUGCUGACCGAUGCAUAGCAGCCUGUCCUAACCUUGUUUGAGGGUCAGCUCUAUAUAGGUCCUUUCAUAGGCACCGGACACUACGAACGUAGUGAUCGAUGGACGGUCGCAAUCAUUUGUGAGAUAACAUGCGCUUGUUCAGUCCAUUUUUAUUCAUACCGCAGCAAAAGAAUAGUUUGCCUAUAGCGUAUGGUUAGAUCGUUCAGUAUUUGUUGUACUGUCACGCAGAGCUGAUGUGUGCACCCUUCUAAACACGGUUCGGCACGAUACUUGCCGCAUACUAUCGUCCUCGGUUUAUUUUAGGUUUAGAAUAAAGCAGACUAGCAAUAUUCACCCACUCCAUGGGUAAUAUAAAUGUCAGGACAAAUACCUAGUUCAAUAGCGUACAGACAGGUAUGAAAAUGGUGUAGUGGUCAGCGGUAGU